GUCAAAGGCAGCCAUUGUGUGCCGGUCGCGCCGGCCUGGCUGGGGCUGGGCUGUUCCCGCCCCUCUGCAAAUCCUGGUGGCUCCUUCAAGCUAGCAGAGGGACCGGUCUCGGGUUCCGAACACUCUGGGGUCGUCGGGUGCAGGCCACCAUGAGCAAACGGAAGGCGCCGCAGGAGACUCUCAACGGGGGAAUCACCGACAUGCUCACGGAACUCGCGAACUUUGAGAAGAACGUGAGCCAGGCUAUCCACAAGUACAAUGCUUACAGGUGGGACAGCUCAGCACUUUCUGGAAGCAUAAAAGCAGCAUCUGUUAUAGCGAAGUACCCACACAAAAUAAAGAGUGGAGCAGAAGCUAAGAAAUUGCCUGGAGUAGGAACGAAAAUUGCUGAAAAGAUUGAUGAGUUUUUAGCGACUGGGAAAUUGCGUAAAUUGGAAAAGAUUCGGCAGGAUGAUACGAGUUCAUCCAUCAAUUUCCUGACUCGAGUUAGUGGCAUUGGUCCAUCUGCUGCGAGGAAGUUUGUAGAUGAAGGAAUUAAAACAUUAGAAGAUCUCAGAAAAAAUGAAGAUAAAUUGAACCAUCAUCAGCGAAUUGGGCUGAAAUAUUUUGAGGACUUUGAGAAAAGAAUUCCUCGUGAAGAGAUGUUACAAAUGCAAGAUAUUGUACUAAAUGAAGUUAAAAAAGUAGAUUCUGAAUACAUUGCUACGGUCUGUGGCAGUUUCAGAAGAGGUGCGGCGUCUAGUGGCGACAUGGACGUUCUUCUGACCCAUCCAAGCUUUACCUCGGAAUCAACCAAACAGCCAAAGCUGUUACAUCAGGUUGUGGAGCAGUUACAAAAGGUCCAUUUUAUUACAGAUACUCUAUCAAAGGGUGAAACAAAGUUCAUGGGUGUUUGCCAGCUUCCCAGUAAAAAUGAUGAAAAGGAAUACCCACACAGAAGAAUCGAUGUCAGGUUGAUACCCAAAGAUCAGUAUUACUGUGGUGUUCUCUAUUUCACCGGGAGUGAUAUUUUCAAUAAGAACAUGAGAGCUCACGCCCUAGAACAGGGCUUCACAAUCAAUGAAUACACCAUCCGUCCCUUGGGAGUCACUGGAGUUGCUGGAGAACCUCUGCCAGUGGAUAGUGAGAAAGAUAUCUUUGAUUACAUACAAUGGAAAUACCGAGAACCCAAGGAUCGUAGUGAAUGAGGCCUAUCCUUCCUUGCAAGCACGGCCCAGUAGGAGUCUUAAUUUAUUUCUUAACCUUUGCUAUGUAAGGGUUUUUGGUGUUUUUAAAUGAUUUUUUUCUUCGUCAUGCUUUAGCUUGCAUUGUAGUCAAUAAAACCUCAUGUACUAUUA